ACAAGACUUUGUGCAAGAAAAAGUUCCCUUUUACAUCCCUCACUCACUUUGAAAACAAACAAAACAAUGGCGUCCUGCAUCUCUUUGACAGCCCCAUCUUCUUACAAUCCCACCACCGCCACCAUUUCCAAACCCAAAUUCCUCCGCCCAUCGCCACCGCCACAAUCCACCCUCACUUUCCGGCCAUCACAACCCAUCAAAUGCUCAAUUACUUCUAGUCCUAGUCCCUCAUCAAACUCAACUUUACAACAACAAUACGUUUCGGCUUCUUCGUCGCAGUCGGCCCCGACCCGAGGGGCUGACUCCGAUGCGAUGGGGUUGUUGUUAAAGGAAAGAAUUGUGUUCUUAGGAAGUACCCAGAUUGAUGAUUUUGUUGCUGAUGCUAUUAUUAGUCAGCUGCUUUUGUUAGAUGCUCAAGACCCUAGUAAAGAUAUUAGGCUUUUUAUUAACUCUACUGGUGGUUCUCUUAGUGCAUCAAUGGCAAUUUAUGAUGUUUUAAAGCUUGUGAGAGCUGAUGUUUCAACAAUUGGAUUGGGCAUUUCCGCUUCAACAGCAUCCAUUAUCCUUGCUGGUGGAACUAAAGGUAAACGUUUGGCAAUGCCUAAUACAAGAAUUAUGAUACAUCAACCACUCGGUGGUGCCAGUGGACAAGCAAUAGACGUUGAAAUACAGGCCAGAGAAAUGAUGCAUAAUAAGGAGAAUGUGACCCGAAUCUUAGCCGAAUGCACUGGGCGGUCUUUUGAGCAAGUUCAGAAAGACAUCGACAGGGAUAGAUAUAUGUCUCCUAUUGAAGCAGUUGAAUAUGGCAUAAUUGAUGGUGUUAUUGAUGAUGAUAGCAUCAUCCCACUAAUGCCCGUUCCAGACCGAGUCAAACCUACACUUAGUUAUGACUCUAUAGCCGAAAACCCAGGGAAAUUUUUGAACCCUGAUAUACCUGAUGAUGAAAUUCUCUAGAUUGUUACACUACACAGGUAAUAGUUUAUGUUCGUUAUUUUGUUGAAUUUCUAGAUUGAUUCAUUAUCUUACUCAAGACUGUUUUAUUUUUUAGUUAAUGAGAAUAAAUACGACAUUGAGACUUUC